UGUUUGAGUAUCAUUUGGGAUUAAAUCGGCCCGAGCCGAUGGGUAAGGUGAACGUUUGUAACACAUUUGCUCGUGCAUAAUACUAUACACUUGGGCAAUGCAUUUAAAAAGAUUUUCAUUAUUAGGCAAAUAAUCAACUUCUGUGGAUGGCAAUUAAAUAAAACUACAACACUCCUAUGGCCCAACUCUUUUUUGAUAAAGCCAAUUGAUUGUUCAUCUUUAGUUCUUGUCAGAGUUAAGAAACAUAGUCUGAUUCCAUUUUGGUUAUUUUUAGUUUUUUAUUCGUGUCUCAAUCAUUUUAUCUGUCCAAUAAAAUCAUUUAGUAAAAUCGUUAGUGCCCUUACCUCAGCUUCAUAUAGCUAAUUUUCAUGAGUACAGUGGUCCGUGUUACUGUAUAUUUACGAAUAAAACAAUAGGCCCAUAACAUGUACGCUUAGCGUAACUGUUUCUGUAAAUAUUGCUUUAAAAAAUCAAUGCAGAAAAAAGCUUCCCCCCCCCUGGAGAAAUAUGACUCAAAUCAAAGAUGGCGGAUGAAAAGGCCAGCAAGAAACGAUCGAAUGAAGAUGAAAAUAGCGAAAAUGACGAAGGCGAAAGUGGAGAUGAAAUGAUAGGACCACUACCUGUGCCAGAAAAAAAACCAAAAAAGAGGAAAGUUCUAGAAUUUGAGCAAAUUUAUCUUGACAAUCUACCAACGUCUGAAUCGUAUGAAAAAAGUUACAUGCACCGAGAUCUCAUCACCCAUGUUGUUGUAACCAAAACUGAUUUCCUCAUAACAGCAAGUUGUGAUGGUCAUAUUAAAUUUUGGAAGAAGACUACAGAAGGAAUAGAAUUUGUUAAGCAUUUUCGAGGUCAUCUAGGAGCGAUAUGCUGUGCUGCUGCUAGCGAGGAUGGACUUUUGUUUUGCUCAGUUGCAAACGAUAAGUCAUUAAAAGUGUUCGACGUGAUAAACUUUGAUAUGAUAAACAUGAUGAAAAUUGGAUUUGAGCCUGGUCAAUGCGAAUGGAUAUAUUCCCGUGGUGCCGCUACUCCAGCGUUAGCAUGCUCAGAAAAAGAUAACGGAAAAAUACACAUUUACGACGGACGUGGUAGCAAUGUGGCGUUGCACACGUUAACCAUUCAUUCGAAACCUAUCACAUUUAUAAAGUACAACAAUACAUAUGACGUAGUGGUGUCAGCCGACGAGGCGGGUAUGUUGGAAUACUGGUGCGGUUUGAAAGGAGAUUAUAAAUUUCCUCAAAGCGGCGUCAAAUUUCGGUUCAAGACGGACACAGAUCUGUUCGAAUUUGUUAUGUGCAAAACCGUACCGACAUCCCUUGCAUUCUCACCCGACGGCAAGCUCUUCGCAACGAUGGCGACGGACCGCAAGGUUCGAGUGUUUCGAUUUCUGUCAGGUAGAAAAGUUCGCGUUUUCGACGAAGAUCUUCCGGUGUUUACCGAUAUGCAGCAGUCGGGUCGGUUACUUCCGGACAUGGAGUUUGGAAGGAGAAUGGCCGGAGAAAAAGAUCUCGAGAAGACGAAGAAUCUCCAGUAUUCAAACAUCACCUUCGAUGAAAGCGGAUAUUUUCUCUUGUACGCGACGUUGUUCGGAAUUAAAGUGAUCAACGUUCAUACCAACAGAUGCGUUCGUAUUGUUGGUAAAAACGAAAAUGUUCGAUUUCUCAGCAUCGCUCUGUAUCAAGGCAAACCCGAUAAGGGAAAGGCAGCAGCUACUUUAGAAACUGAAGCAGCUGAUAAUCCAUCACUGAACAAAUCCGAAACUGAUCCAACGAUAUUUUGUACAGCAAACAAGAAAAAUCGUUUCUAUAUGUUUACGAAAAGAGAUCCCGACCAGAGUGCGGAAGGCGAAAGGGAUGUGUUCAAUGAAAAACCAUCAAGAGAAGAAAUCUAUGCAGCCACUGAGGCAAGUGGAGGAUUGGAUCGUGUAGCUGGAAGUGCCGUCAUUCACACGACCAUGGGCGACAUUGAAGUGAAACUAUUUCUCAAAGAGUGCCCCAAAACGGUGGAGAAUUUUGUUGUGCACAGUCGAAAUGGAUACUAUAACGGACAUAUUUUUCAUCGCGUUAUCAAACAGUUCAUGAUCCAAACGGGAGAUCCAUUGGGUGAUGGAACCGGAGGCGAAUCAAUUUGGGGAGGCGAAUUUGAGGACGAGCUUCAUCACAACCUUCGUCACGAUCGUCCGUACACGCUGAGUAUGGCCAACGCCGGACCAAAUACCAAUGGUUCCCAGUUUUUCAUAACCGUCGUACCUGCACCUUGGUUGGACAACAAGCACACCGUAUUUGGCCGAGUUAUUAAAGGAAUGGACGUCGCGCAAGAAAUCAGCAAUGUAUCGACGAACCCUCGAGACGACAAACCAUAUGAGGAGGUGAAAAUAAUCAAUGUCGCUGUCAAGUAGAUGGUUGUUUUACGAUCUGCUUGUUGGUCACUUCUUGAUGCUCGGAUACACGAAUAUCAGAGUGGAUUUGGCCCCAACUCUCUAGCAUCGUUAUCUCCACCCCUUUCGUUCUACGAUACCUCAUAUGAGAAGUAAUCAGACACAUGAACAUGCAAAAAUUUUGCGGUGUAAAAAUCUUUACUCGCUUCUGAAAAUUACGUCCGUAUGGAAGCAAUCUUUUUUGAUUUGUAGCUGUUUUACGGAACGCGUUUCGUGCGAUUUCUGGCAAAGGAAUUUUUUGUAUGAAAUAGUUGCUCGCAUGUAGUAUUUUUUCAAUUUUAAAAGAAAAGCGCACUUUUUAA